AUGCGGCGUAAUAAGACAGUACCCUGUUCAACAGGUCUACUCCAAUCACUGACAGGAAUUAUCAAAGCCAGGAAUGUCGCAGUGAUGGGCAAAAGCCGAAAUGUCAUCGGUGCAUACGGACGGGUUCUUCCUGUGUCUGGCAUGCCAACCCCUCGGGAUUUCGUCAUGGUUCUAGUGCGAGCGCUCUAUAUGAUUUUGCAGAGGAUCAGCCUUGGUUACCUGCUGGGAAGGAUAGCCCGAGACUAUACUUUGGAGCUUGAUACUAUCGCAUCAUCACCCACGAUAUCGGAGAAACCCCGAAGUAAUAGCUGUGUCGAGACUCGGGCUCUCGCCGAAACUUGUAUUCUCAGCGAUGCAGUUGCAUCACACUCAGAUCAAUUCUUGUCACCACCUGAACCUGAUAUUACACUGCCAGUGGGACACUAUUCCCCUUAUGCGGGACAAGUGUCACCUGUGAACCAUCCUUCGCUCUCAUCAUCACCCCCUUUCUCUCGCAGCAGCAAUGCAUCUUCCGGGCUCGGAGGCUCCUUUCAAGGUAUCGGGGAGUUACCUAAUUUAGACGAGCACGAAGCCUGUCUCAUGCGAUAUUUUGUGGUUGAACUUGCUCCCUGGUUUGAUAUUUGCGACGGAGAAAGAAACUUUGCAUGCACCCUACCUUUGCGAGCUCGAACAUGUCCACCUCUUCUAAAUGCAAUAUUCACUGCCUCUGCGAGACACCUGAGUCGGAUCAAGAAAUACUGGGAUGGCAAUCAAGUACACUAUGGAGGCAAAGCUCUUCCAAACUUGACGCCCGAGACUGCGAUUCAUUACCAUAAUGAAUGUAUUGCACAUUUUGUUUCAAUCUCGGACCACUCCAGAGAAGCUCAAGAUGAGAAUUUACUUGCCGCGGCUGUUAUCCUCCGCUUUUACGAAGAGGUCGAUUGUAGGUGA